AUGCCUCCUCGACUAGUCCCAUUCGUCGAAAUUAUAAUCAGACCCAAAGGCAAUAAACGAUCCCGGUCUUUAACCUGCCCAUCCCCAGAACCUAGUACAGCACCUCUACCAAGUCCAAGUCGGACGUCUCACAAAAGAAGAAAAGAUGAGCAACUUGCUGAGCGUCUCUGCGACGAUGAAGUGCAGUCGGAUCCUGCUUCUCGUACAUUGUCUCCAACAGUAUCGACGUUCGAUGAUGAUGCUCCUCCAGCUCUUCUAAAUUCACCGACCGUCUCUGAGUUUGACAGACUCUCGCCAGGCAUUACGGGCAUCGAUGAGGAUGAAGAGACUGGCAGUAAGCGAAGUCGUGUUUCAAGUUCCCCUCAUAACUACGGAGGACGAACGGUGGAGCAGGAGGCAGAAACCUACCAGUAUGAAGUUGAAGAGGACGAAAUAGAGGAGGAUGGAACCAUCUACGUUCUAGGAGAAACACCUGCAGGGGGCGACGAUGAUGACAUCCCUGUUCGGUUACUUACUGACUUUACCAUCUACGACCUCUCGACGCGCGAAGUCGUUUGUGUCGGAGAACUUCAACAGCUCGGGUUCACCAAAAGGCAAUAUGGGGCCUCCGGGAAAAUUAAGCCGUGGUUUAUACACGAUGGCGGUGACAUCUCAGAUGAAGAUGGUGAUGAGUUUGAUGAAGAUCUUGCCGAUGGGGAGGAUGUUCUACCCGCAGACCAAACCAAGUUGACAAAGAUAAUAGAAUUUAAUGUCUAUGACCUCUCCGAAAGGCGAGGAAAUAUUGACUCCAAAAUAUACAUCCGUACAUCAUAUGCCUGGUAUAUUCUUGGCUUUCCUUCCGCAACAUACGAGGACUUUUUUACUCCUUUUUGGAUACGCCACCAACUUGUGUAUCGUUUGGCGUCAGAAGCCAGGAAACAUAUUCAUAUGACGUACCAGUCUUUCAUUGAUACUCUUGGCGGUGUUUACACUUUGGACAAACAUCUGCCUAGUGCCAGCGACCUUCUUGGUCGAGAUCUCACACAGAGUGAUCUCGAAUUGCCAGAUAUUAAAGCAUACAUUAUUGCUAUACUCUUGGAACUUCAGGCAGAUUUUCAGAUUACUCGUGUCCCUUUGAUCCGCUCCAUUCUUGAUGGUGCUGUGGAGGAUGUGGGGCUCUCCCCCACGAAAAAAUCGAGGCGGAGAGUCAUGACAAAGAAUCGCAACCAGGAGAAUGAAGUUUUGAAGCACCGAGAGACAACAUUCCUAACACCCAUUGUCAGUCAAAUUGCCCAGCAUCUGUUUGAUGGGUCAUUGGUGGCAUCGGAUCCUAUAGAAGAAAUGGAGGUUGAUAAUCAAUCACUGAAGGUACACAAGACCCACCAUGAGAAUCCUCUGAAGAUAGUGUGGGGUCAGGCCUUGGGUCAGAAUGUAGAGUUUUUUGAAAACAUUACUGUGGAUGGUGUUCGGUAUCAGGUUGGUGAUGUUGUGAUGGUACAACCAGAGGGUGGGGAGAGAGCAAAACAUUCAUCAAGUCAGUCUACAGUUAACCAAUAUGGACAAAACUGGUGGUUUUGUUACAUAACUCAUUUCUUUGAACAUCAAAGCCAAAAGGGAAGAACAAAAAUGUUUCAUGGACAGUGGUUUGUUCAUGGAUCAGAAACAGUUCUCCAAGAAACUGCCCAUUCCAGAGCUCUAUUCUUAUUGAAUUCCUGCGACAGCAACCCUAUCAAUGCCAUAUACCAAAAAUGCAAUUUCAGGUUUCUUGAGCUUGGGGAACAAGAACCUUUUGAUGAUUUUGCAGUUGAUGCAAAUGAUUUUCAUUGCAGCUAUCUGUAUGAUGACGACCAUGCAAAAUUCACCCACAUACCAUCUGACUUCCUUGAUAAUUCACAUCAGUCUGAACCAUGCUUCUCCUGCCACGAGAAGCAAAAAGAGAAGAAUCAGCAAAAGCUUUAUCUCUUGGAGAAUGGGUUUACCCAGCAUGGGGUCAACUAUCAUAUCCAUGAUUUCACUUAUAUUCGACCUCAUGGCAAUGUCAGAGUGCUAAAUAUUGCCCAGAUCACCAAUACCAAAAAGGAUGGGGAUGAUCUGAGGGUCUCAGUCCAAUAUUUGGGAAGAUACAAGGAUGAUGAGCGCCAUUUAUACAUGACAAAUAAGAAAGAACAAAUCUCUUCAGAUAUGCUUGAAGGAGUUUGUUAUCUGCAAUAUCUGACAAAUGUGGAAGCCAUCGAAUGUUGGGUGUCACAUGAUGAUCACUUUUAUUUGAAUCAAGAACAGGAUGACCAUGGAAACCUUUCUUUACUUAACCCAGGAAAGUUCAGAUUCUGUCAAAUCUGUCAAGAUGGUCAGAAGCAAGUUAUCAAAGAUGGCAAGGGCUUUUCCCAACAAAAUAGCAAAUUGAUUGGAAUGGAGCUAUUUUCUGGUGCUGGUGGUUUAGGCUUGGGGAUAGACAUGUCUGGGUUUGUUGAAACCAAAUAUGCUGUUGAAUUUUCACCUUCAGCUGCCAAGACCUACAAGUGCAGGGAGACAUAUUUUUUGUGCAUCUUUUAUGCUUAUCUUUUUACCAGAACAAACAAUCCUGAUGUACUGGUUUAUAACCAAGAUUCAAGCACUCUUCUCCAGCAAGCAUUAGCAAAGGAUAAUGGCAAAAAUCCUCCUCCGUUACUCUCAAAGGAUGGAAAAACCCAUUGCCCAGAGAUGCCACAAAAAGGUUGUCAAGUUGACUUUAUUUUUGGAGGCCCUCCAUGUCAGUCAUUCAGUUUGGCAAAUCAUCAUCGUAAGAAGAACGAUAUCCGAUCCACGCUCCCAUGUAGCAUGCUCAGCUAUGUGGAGUAUUAUAACCCUGAUUAUUUUCUUCUUGAGAAUGUCAGAGGGUUGUUAAGCCACACACUUCAAGAUGGCCGAACAAAUACAGUUGUGCAGGCAGGUAUGGUCAAAUUCAUCUGUCGGACAUCACUUGCUUUGGGUUACCAAAUUCACUACAAGUUGCUUCAAGCAUCUCAUUAUGGUACUCCACAGGGUCGAUCUCGUGUAAUUUUCUGGGGUGCCAAACAAGGAUUAGUCCUUCCUCAAUUCCCAUUACCUUCCCAUGCAUUUGAAGGUAGAUUGGCGUGUCCCUCACUUCCAACUGGAGGCCAUAUACCUCCUCCGAGCAGAAGCAAAAUCUCAGGUGAUUACCAUCAAUACGCUCCAUUGAAGCCAAUAUUGGUGGAUGAUGCAAUCGGAGACUUGCCACCCUUUGAAUGGACCAACCCUCAUCAGGUGAUACCGAGAACCAGCUCCCAAAAGGAUAAACGGAGAUCACUGAAGACGCCUAUCCCUCAAUUCGAUGCUGUCUUGCUUCAGGGAAACAAAGGCACCAUAUUCAGUAAUCCUGGCUUUCCCGAGGGUGUUCCAUAUAUGUCUGGUCCUCAGAAUCGAUAUCAGAAGUGGCUACGUCAAGGAAUGGUAGACGAAGAAUCAGACACUGAAAGUGAGGUGCAAGACCACUUUACUAGCCGGUUCAGUGCUUUUUUGAUUGAAGCGUCUGUCACGGUACCACUGCGCCCCUACGCUGACCAUAAAGCCCUACCAACCGAACUACAGCCAACGUAUGCGAUGGCUGGACGAAAGCAAUGGAAGCAUUCAUUUUAUGGAAGAAUGGAUGGGGAUGGUCAAUUCAAAUGCACCAUGACGAGGGCGUCUCCAAACUUAAAGAAUAGCUGGCUUCUUCAUCCACAUCAAAAGCGGAUGAUCAGCAUUCGUGAAUGCGCCCGGUCGCAAGGCUUUCCAGAUGGUUUCAUCUUCGAGUCCUCCAAUGAACAUCCUCAAAGGGUCGUUGCUGAUAAAAUGCGACAAAUUGGCAAUGCUGUUGCUGUGCCAUUUGCCCUGGCACUGGGGAAAGAGCUCGGCACAUCUCUAAUCCAGCAGUGGAAGGAAAAGCAGAGGGUAGGCAGCAUUUCCUUGUAA